AUGAGGAUCAUCGCAGCUGCAUCGAUCCUCUCUGGCUUUGCGUAUACGGCCAUCGGUGGGACUCCAUCUCCCACUCCCACUCCCACUCCGGGUAUGCCAACGACUCUCAUUCCCAUCGGGAGGUCAUGUCCGACCAUCACGUCUACGACGUCAGUGUGCUCGACGUGCAUGAGACCCAUGUGCAUGGCCACAUCGACCCUGACUCCCGGUUGCGAGGCCGUCUGUCGACAGGCCGUGGCUACUGUCUAUACCCACCACGGCUGCGAGCAGGAGUGCCCUGGGGGAUGUGCCGGGACCCAGUACAUCGUGGCUAGUGGAGCUGCCAGGUGCUGA